AUGAAUAAAGAUAAAUCAAAACAAAAACCACAAAAAAAAGAAAAUAAUAAUAAUAAUAAUAAAAAUAACAACAAUAAUAAUAAUAAAACUGAAAAUAAUAAAACAAAUAAAGAUUUUACAAAAAAUAAAUUUGAUAAAGAUGCCAAAAUUGAUAAAGUAGAUAAUAAAAAGAUAUUUCAUAAUAGAAGUAGUCAAAAGAGAAUAGCAAAAUUAAAAAAAAUUGAACUACAAAAGAAACCAUUAACUUUAAAACUUAAUGAAAUUAAAUCAAUUGAACAAAGAUUAAUUGAUGAAGCACCACAAAGAGGUACAAAUCCAUUGGCUAAUAUUUCAUCAACCACUGCAACAACAACAACAACAACAGCAACAAAGAAUGAUAAAGAAAAAGAAAAAGAAUAUAAAAUUGAUUAUCCAUCAGCAACUGAUUUUAAAGAUUUACCAAUUUCACAAUUAACAUUAAAAGCAUUAACUGAAUCAAAAUUCUUAAAAUUAACUGAUAUUCAAAGAGCAUCACUUCCACAUACAUUAUGUGGUAGAGAUAUACUUGGUGCUGCUAAAACUGGUUCUGGUAAAACUUUAUCUUUUAUUUUACCUAUUUUAGAAACAUUAUGGAGAAAUAGAUGGGGUAGAGAUGAUGGAAUUGGUGCAAUUGUAUUAUCACCAACUAGAGAAUUAGCAAUUCAAAUAUUUGAUGUAUUAAAAGCGGUUGGUAAAUAUCAUACAUUUAGUGCUGGAUUAAUUAUUGGUGGUAGAAAUGUUCAACAAGAGAAAGAUAAAAUCAAUGCAAUGAAUAUUUUAAUAGCAACACCAGGUAGAUUGUUACAACAUAUGGAUGAAACCUAUGGAUUCGAUUGUAGUAAUUUGAAGAUAUUGGUAUUGGAUGAAGCUGAUCGUAUUUUAGAUUUAGGUUUUUCAAAAUGUUUAAAUAGUAUCGUAGAGAAUUUACCAAGAGAAAGACAAACUCUACUCUUCUCUGCAACACAAACCAAAUCAAUUCGUGAUUUGGCUCGUUUAUCAUUACAAGAGCCAGAGUACAUUUCAGUCUAUGAAAAGGAUAUUACAACCACACCACAAAAUCUCACACAAACUCUAUGUGUUAUCCCAUUGGAAAUGAAAUUGAAUAUGUUAUUCUCAUUCAUUAAAACUCAUUUAACUUCAAAGAUUAUCGUAUUUUUUGCAUCUUGUAAACAAGUUAGAUUUGCACAUGAAACUUUUAAACUUUUAAAUCCUGGUACAACUUUAUUCCCACUUCAUGGUAAAAUGAAACAAUGGACUCGUUUAGAAGUAUUUGAAGAUUUUUGUAAAAAGAAAGCUGGUACACUAUUUGCAACUGAUAUUGCCGCUCGUGGUCUUGAUUUCCCUGCUGUUGAAUGGGUAAUUCAAGUAGAUUGUCCUGAUGAUAUUGAAACUUAUAUUCAUAGAGUUGGUAGAACCGCUAGAAAUGAUGCACCUGGUCAAUCAAUAACUAUCCUUUUACCUUCAGAAAAAGAUGGUAUGGUUAAUUUAAUGGAAAAACAAAAAAUGAAAUUUGAAAUACUUGAACCAAAUCCAGAGAAAUUAGUUUCAAUUGAUUCAAAAUUAAGUAGUUUCUUAUCUGAAAAAACUGAUUUAAAAUAUUUAGCUCAAAAAUCAUUUGUUUCAUAUUUAAGAUCAGUUUAUAGACAAUCAAAUAAAGAAAUAUUUAAAAUUCAAGAAUUAAAUAUUAAUGAAUUUUCAAAAUCAUUAGGUUUAUUAGGUACACCAAAUAUUCAAUUUGGUAAAGCAAGUGCAGAUAGUAAAAAUAAAUCAUUUGUUGUAUCAAAUAUUCAAAAACAAUUAAAAGAUAAAAAAUCAAAAGGUGAAAAAGAUAUUGAUAGUAGUGACGACGAUGAUGAUGAUGAAGAAAGAAAUAAAAUUGGUAAUAGUGAUGAUGAAGAUUCAGAAGAUGAUUCAGAUUUCCAGGAUGAUUCGGAUGAUGAUAAUAAAAAAGUUACUAAACAACAACCAAAAACUAAUAUUGAAAAAUUAUUUGAUCGUAAGAAUGCAAAUGUUAUGUCUGAAACUUAUCAAAAACUUAGAACUAAAGAAGAGGAUGAAGAGGAUGAUUCAAUGUUUGUUGUAAAGAGAAGAGAUCAUGAUUUAGAUAAUUUAGAUAUCGUUAAAAGAUUAAGUAGAAAAGAAAAUAAAGAAAAGAAUUUCAUUAAUGAUCCAACUAAAUUGAAAUUCCAAGAAUCAACAUCUGUUCCAAAAGAUGGUAAAUUACCAACAUCAUACAUUGAAAAGGUAAAGAGUGAAGUUGAAAAAGGUGAUGUUCAAGAUAAAAUCCUCUUAAAAGAAAGAUUAAAGAGAAAGAAAUUAAAACUUCAAUCAAAGGAAUUAAGAAAACAAUCAGGUGGUGGUGCUACUGGUGAUGAUGAAGAAGAAAGUGUUGCUUAUUUCGUACCACCAGGUGAAAAAGAUCCAUAUGAAAAUGGUGAAAAUGAUUCUGAUGAUGAAUCAAAUGAUGAUGAUGUUUGGGGUCAAGAAUAUAAUAGUGAUGAUGAUGAUGAUGAUGAAGAAUCUGAAUCUGAAGAACAACCAAAACCAAUCACUAAAAAGAGAACUCUUGAAGAUCAUGAAGAAAGUGCACUCAAAUUCUUAAAAAAGAAUCGUAUUUAA